UACUCUAUCCCGCACCUCGAGCCAUGUCCGUCAUCCCCUCCCAAGCAAAGUCGAAGCAACUACGAGCAUGCCUGCUGUGCUCCAUCGUCCAGCACCCAAUGGACUUCCGCAAGAAUGGCUGUCCAAACUGUGAAGAACUCAUGCAAAUGAAAGGCUCGCCAGACCGCAUCAACAUCUGCACCACGACCUACUUUGACGGUAUCAUCGCCGUCAUAGACCCCGAGUCCAGCUGGGUCGCCCGCUGGCAGCGCACAUCCAAGUACGUCCGUGGAAUGUACGCCGUGCGCGUCAAGGGGCGCGUCCCAGAGGACAUCGAGACAGAGCUCGAAAAUCGCGGCAUCAAGUACCGCCCACGAGACCAAACGGACCAGGACUAGGCCAUGACCGAUUUCGCUUCGCUCGACGUUUCAUGUCCCUCUUCUCGUACCAUUGAGCUAUCCUGCUAUGCAAAACCAUCCGCCCUUGGUCCUAGGCACCCCUCGGCUACGCCCAUGAUCGCGUUGGCAUACUUUGCGCCCGCGUUAUAGACAACGGGCGAUAACAGGCCCGCUAACGUAAUACAACUUUGGCCUCAAGCUCGAGUACUACAGAUUUGGUCACAUCAUUACAACAUACGUGGUAUUCAGCAGAAAUUAGCUAGCUACAGUAUGCACAUUCAUCAUACUAUGCUACAUGCUCGCAUUAGUCGCGGUUCAUUACGCGAGAAAGAGAGCUUCCGAUUAAACCAUGUAAAAUACGUGCAUCACAACAAGAAAGAUCAGACAAAGGACAG